UCAACAUUAGCUUCUUAAAAUACUCAAAAUCCACUUAUUUCUUUAUUGUUUGAAGUCUAAUUCCUUUCCAUGAAUUAAGCGGGUCAGUUGAUUAAAUGACAAGUUUCUAACUGGAAUUUGUCAUGGAGGAGGAUAAAGGUUCAAAUUACGUGUAUUUAUAGCUUUAUAUUUCUCAAUUCUGAAACCCCUCUGGUCUCUACUCUAUAUCUGGUGACUCUGGGAGAUUGAAAUUUGUAGAUAGCAAGAUGGCUGUAGAAAGCAGUCAACAUGCAGCAUAUGAUCAGUCAAUACUAGAGAAUGUAUGGGCGAACUUCAUUGGAGGAGAAGAAGCUGAUAAAACAACUAGCAAUGCAACAAAAUCAUCGUCCAAAUCAUGGGAAGAACUGCCUAGCUUUGAUGGGAGAGACGGAUCCAUGGAGACUUUACAAAGGCUACCAAGUCUUGGGAGGUGGAUAUCAAUGGGAGCUGGCGCCUGGGAGGAUCUUCUUGAUGGAAAUAUUCCUUCUGGAAAAAUAGAGCAAUCCUGUAAUGAUAAUACAAGCAAAGACACAAGCAGUCGAGGGCUUAAAGUGAAUUCUGUGAGAGUAGAGAAAGUGGCAAAAAGACACUACCGGGGAGUGAGGAGGCGGCCUUGGGGAAAGUAUGCAGCAGAGAUAAGGGACUCGUCGAGGAAAGGAGCUCGAGUUUGGCUUGGGACUUUUGGCACAGCUGAGGAAGCAGCUAUGGCUUACGACAAGGCUGCCUUGAGAAUUAGAGGCCCCAAGGCAUAUCUUAACUUCCCAAUAGAGACAGUUGCUAAGGCUAUGGGAAUUGACUACACAAAAACUGACCCCAACUGUUGUUGGUCUGCAACUUGUCAAGGUAACGACUCUGCUUUCACAGGUCUCCGCUGCGAUGAAAAUUUCACAAAUCACCGAAAAAGAGAGUCUAGAGAUUGGGAAGAAAACACUGAGUUUGUGAUGGUUGAACAGCAAACAGUAAAGAGAAUGGCAAUUGUUGAACAAGUGCUUGAGGAUGGAUCUGAUGUAUUUGAGUUUCAGGAUUUGGGGAGUGAUUAUUUGGAUAGUUUGCUGUCUUCUUUUUGA